AUGGUUACUACUAAGCCUUUCUCGACACAAACAGUUGCUCAGAUACGAUUCCUAUGCCCUAAUAGUUCUGAUAAGGAGAUAGAGGCGGCCCUUUAUAAAUACAACGGCGAUGAGAAUAUGGCAGUUAAUGAGUUACUCAAUCAACGGGAACGAUCAUCGGCUCGAAAUUAUUAUCAAAACUCUGGUGAUCAACCACAUAUUGGAAGCACACCGCUACAGGGCACUGUGGUUCCACAACGAGAAACCACAAGAACGGCUCAAGUCCAGUGUGGAUCGUGUCAACGAGUUCUGACAGUGCAGAUGACUGCGAUGAGAGAUCUGUCGGUUACUGCUCGAGCGACUUGCCCACAUUGUCAGAUGUUAAACGAAUUUAUGAUUCCAGCUGAACCUAUUCCCACGGCAACACCAAUAUCGGAUGGACUACCGCAACAAGCGCCCCCUCCUAGUAUGCAGGCUCAAGCGAUGUAUGGUUUACCGAGUAGCAUGCAAAUGCAGAAAACGAACCAGGUUGGAACUGCGGCGCCUUCACUGACGGGUGUACAAAGAGCGUUGCUGAUUGGUAUCAACUACUACAAUACUCCUGCACAAUUAUCGGGGUGCAUUCCCGAUGCACACAAUAUGUUUCGGUUGCUCACUGAAACGUAUAGAUGGAAUCCUGGUGAUAUACGUAUGAUGACGGAUGAUGGACGCGCGGAAAUGCCAACAAGAGCGAAUAUAAUAGGAGCUUUGCAUUGGCUGGUGAGGGAUGCUAAGCCUGGGGAUGUAUUCUUCUUUCAUUACUCUGGUCAUGGAUCACAACAGGUAGGGUCUAUGGGACUCUUGUUACUAGUGUUGUUGUUAGUGUUGCCGUUGUUGUUGUUGUUAGCUGGUAUGAUUUCUGAUGAUGAGAUUUUCUCAAUUCUGGUGGCACCCCUCCCCAGUGGUGUGAGAUUGACAAGCGUUAUGGAUUGCUGUCAUUCGGGAACAGGUAUGGAUUUACCCUGGCGAUGGAUCGAACGUAGAGGAUGGAAAGAGGAGACAAACCCGUGGCAUUCACUAGGCGAUGUUCAAUUGUUUAGUGGUUGCGAUGAUGCGGGUACGUCAGCAGAUGCGAGUGGUGGAAAUAUAAACGGCGGAGCGAUGACAAGCGCAUUUUGUAAUUCCAUACGUGCGAGUCCAUAUAUCAGCUACAUUGAUCUGAUACAUCGACUGAAUGACGAGAUGAGGAGGCGCAGGAUGGGACAGAGACCUCAGCUGUCGAGCACGCAAGUGUUUCCUGUUGAUAGACCUUUCAAUUUAGUGGAUAUACUCCCGAAUCAGAACCAGUAUAUUGGAAGAAUUGUGCGGAAAAAGUUCAAGGCUCGUAAAAACAAGAGAAAAAUGCAAGGACUCGACGGGUUGCUGUUGCCGCUAGCAGGAGGACUGCUAGCGGGGGCGUUGCUGGGAUCUAUAUUCGAUUGA